AUGAAUUGCCAUUGCCCAAUGUGGAUCCUCCUUGGUGGCCUCUGGCUGAUUAGCCUGGUCAGUGGCGCAACGGUAAUUGAAUUGCUGGGUAGGAUAAAGCUGGAGUCCGACUUUGAGUACGUGCUGCUCGCGAAGAACAGGAACUUUAGUCUGCCGGAUGAAGUUUGGAAUGGCAGUACGUUGGCCAGAAAUAUAAUGGAUAAAGUUCAGGUGCCUGUACUUCAAUUCAACGAAAAUGUGAGCUACUUUUUGCACAACAGCAUCAGCAGACGUUUGGUGUCCUUGGUGUUUUUAAGUCAUGGAAAUCUGGAAGAGCACAGAGGUCUGCUAAAAGCUCUGGUUGGAAAUCUCAGGCACAUGACCACUUCUCGAGUGAUUUUUCUAAUACAAUCGGAGGCAUCCACUGAAGUGUUGUAUGAACUGUUUAGGGAUUGUUGGCGAAAGAAGUUAUUGAAUGUGAUAGUUAUUUUCGAGGACUAUGAGACAACCUCCACCUUUUACAGCUACUCACAUUUUCCUAUACUGCAAAUAGAAGAGCGGGUCUACGAGUCCAGUCAGCAAUCUUCAUUAAUUUUUCCCGAUAGACUAAGAGAUUUCCAUGGCUACGAGAUGCCCGUGAUUUUGGGAGGCACUGCUCCGCGAAUGAUUGCCUAUCGGAAUAAAAAGGGAAACCUCGUAUACGAUGGAACUGUGGGUCACUUCAUGAUGGCCUUCCAGCAAAAGUACAACGUACGGUUUGUCCAACCUCUGGUGGCCAAAAAUCCAUUGGACUUUGCGCCCUCGAUGCAGACAGUGGCUGCAGUGCGAAACGAUACGGUGGAGAUUUCUAUUUCCCUGACUUUUCCGACAAUUCCCCCCUUUGGUUUUAGUUACCCAUACGAGCAGAUGAACUGGUGCGUCAUGCUGCCCGUGGAGGCUGAUGUGCCGCCGUUUGAGUAUUAUACCAGGGUUUUUGAGCUGGCUGCCUUUCUGCUGACUCUGGGAACUCUUGUGAUAAUAUCCUGUCUUCUCACCAGUACUUUGCGCCUCCAUGGCUAUCCUUCGAGGAUCAGUGAGUUCCUGCUGCACGACAGCUGCCUGCGGGGAGUGCUGGGUCAAUCAUUCGUGGAGGUCUUUCGGGCUCCCACCCUUGUGCGGGGUAUCUAUCUGGAGAUCUGCGUGCUGGGCAUCCUGAUCACCGCCUGGUACAACUCAUAUUUCUCAAGCUACGUGACCAGUGCCCCCAAACAGCCCGCCUUCAGAAGUUAUGAUGAUAUUUUGGCCUCCAAACUGAAAGUGGUAGCUUGGAAGCCGGAAUAUGCGGAGCUGUUUGGCCGACUCUUGGAGUUUCGGAAGUACGAACCCAUGUUCCUGGUGGAACCGGACUUUAAUCGCUACCUCGCUCGUCGUGACACGAUGGACACACGAUAUGGCUACAUGAUCACCACUAACCGAUGGGUUUUGAUCAACGAGCAGCAAAAGGUCUUCUCGCGACCACUUUUCCAAAAGCGCGACGACUUUUGCUUCUUCAACAACAUACCCUUUGGAUUCCCGCUGCACGAGAACUCCGUUUUCAUGGAGCCGGUGCUAAAACUGAUCAUGGAACUGGCCGAAACGGGACUGACUUUUCACUGGAUGGCCACGGGCUUUUCGGAACUCAUCGAGGCGGGUGAAAUGCACUUUGUGGACCUGAGUCCUCAUCGGGAAUUUAGGGCCAUGCAGAUCCAGGAUCUACAAUACGUUUGGUAUGGAUAUGCCUUCAUGGUGGUAUUUUCAUCUCUGGUUUGGCUGCUGGAGAUCCUGGGCCACAGACUCAAAACUAAACCCAUUUUCCCACGACGAUUAAUAUUUAAUACUUAA